GCCGUCACUCCUGUUAAAAGUUAAGGACGUCGCGUCCUGCCCUCAUUCAGGUAAACUGGUUUUAAAAUUAAUUUCGGUUACUUCGAGUGCUUUACGACAUAUUUGCUCCUCUCUUCAUCAAAACCUGGAGUUAUAGCUCGCACACGGCAGGCUCGGAAUGGAUGAGGCAGAAAAGUAUCAGCAGAGGCUGCAGGCCAUUGCAGAAAAAAGGCGUGUGCAGGAAGAGGAGGAGAAAGUCAGGAGGGAGAUGGACAAUGAGUCACUGAAACAUGCUCAACACAAGAGGAAGUAUCUGAGAGAGCAGUGGCUGAUGGAAGCAACCCCCAGCACUCCUGAGGAUCCUAACCUGCAGUCCGUAAUUCCUACUUUGCAGUCAACAGAGCAGAGUGCAGAAAACUCAGAGAGCCAGAUGAAGAAAGAAGUGGAAAAGACUGAGGUCAUAAAUGACAACUCUUCACAGAUUGGGGAGAAUAAGCCUUUAAUCCUUUUUGCAGACAACCCAGAGAAGCCUACGCAGGCCUACCUGAGAGAGGACGAGAGAAAUGUGCUUGGGGUGUUGGAGGUUGAAGCGGAGAGAAACCCGGUUUCAGAAGCAGCCCAGGAGGAUACAGAGGAAAAGAGAACAGCAAAAACAGAAGAGCAAGAGACUGAGCAGUUAGCCAUGGAUGCAGUAGAACCUGUGGAUCUACCCCACCAUUCAUUACCAUUAGAUGAGGCCAAUUUUUCUUUAGCUGUUAAAAAAACUGAGCUAAUUAUGGCAGAAGAUAAUGCUGAUGAUGAAGAAUGGGAGAUGGUGAAUUGUGGUCCAGAAGAAGAUCUGGACCUUGUGCUGACAUCUGACUUGAUACAGGUUCAGUCAGACACAGGCUUAGAACAAAAAUGUGAUGAUACUAUUCUGAAGGUGGAGCAGGUCUUCAUCAUGGACGAAGAAGAGGAUGUAGAGGUCGGUACAGCUGAGGUGCUGAGCCUUGUGGUGUCUGAGAUGAAGUCUGAUCUUGAAGACACAUCCUGUGAAAAACAGACUCUUUAUUUAGAAAAGAAAGCACAUGCGAGCACAUCUGCCCCUCUGAAGGAGCUGAGUAGUGUGUCAGCUAUCAUCUCUGAAGAGUCUUCAGUAGAAUGUAAACAGAAUAUGCCACACCUUCCAGCACAUACAGCACAUGCUUCGGGAGAAAUUCUUAGAGCUAAUACUGAAUACAAAGAGGACCAAGGUCUACCUACAAGCAGGGUAGUAAAAGUUGAAUGGAAGGACGCAUCAGGUCCUGAAGACGAAGUGCAUCAUUAUAUCCCAUUAGAUAGAGAAAGAGAGAAAUCUCCAGCCUUGAAGAAGGGGAAGAUAGUUGCACAUGGCACUGAGCCAGAGUCAGAAAUACAAAUACUGAUGCCUUGCAGUGAAACUCCAAAGAGAGCUGAAACUGUCACCUCAACAAAAAGAAAGACUUGCCACUGUUGCACCAUCAUGUAAGCAAGCAUUCACACGAGUAGCUUAUGUUUUCUAUUUUAUUAGAUUUCCCAUCUUAGUUUCCCUACUUCACUGUGUAUUCUGAUUAUAUUGUGUGAGAACAGUUUUCUUCCAUCUUCAAUAAUCGGCGUGUUGGGAGGUAAAUAUCCCAAAAAUAUCUGCGUAGAGAUGUGUGCUUUUUACAGUUAGCUUUGUUGCCCCCUGCUGGACAGACUUUGUAUUGAAACAUGAAUUCUAAAGUUGACAAGCAAGUUUAUUCUUCAUCACCAUCAUCCUCUGGAUCAACCGUAGCAUGUUAAAAUAUUUACUGAACAUGAGUGAAUGGCAAAAAAGUUUAUAUUGAAUUGUAAACUAAUUGUUUUUCUUUUGUUAUCGGUACCAGUGUAAACACAUAUACAUGAGUUGUCAUAUCUGUGAUAUAAAAUAUAUCAGAUCUGUUGUGAAGUUUGCCAAAGCAAAUCUGUGCCAAACAUAUCUUAGUAUUAUGUAAGGGCAUUGUGUAAUGUGACAUGAGACAUAGAGAAUAUGUGCAAAGUUGCCUUUAUUAUAUUAUUGCUCGAAUGUUAAACUAAAUAAUAUGGUGUUUAAUAUGGUUAGAUAUGGCAUAUAUCUUGUUACUGUUUAUAUUUUUCUCUGUCCUUUGUAUCUCUGUAUGAAAGACCUGUUUUUCUGAUAUCACCAGUGACAGAUAUUAAAUCCUUGUUUUAUUUA